UACCGCGUUAGCCGUUGUGACUUGGAGAUAAUACGUAAUCACCGUGCUUUGUUUAUUCAAGUGGCCAAUGGCCAGCUCAUUUUGCUCAGCUCUUUGAUAUUUGUUGGUUGAAAAUUAUUAACGAAGAGCCUUCUAUACCAGUGUGUAUAAAGGUUGCUUCGACACCAGAGGAGAGAGGAGACGCUAGAAAAAAACCAGAAAAAUACCUUUGGAGAUUUUAAUCGCCAUUCUACUACUUGCUUCUAAACCACCAACUUUUAUUACGACUAACUUUGUACAACGUUUGAGCUAUUUUAAUUGUCAUCAUGAAGGUGCUGUGUGCCUUAAUUGUUGCACUAAGUUGCAUAAAUGCAUCUUUGGGAGAUGGAUUAAAAUGUACGUUAAGACCAGGGGAAUUUCCUUUUGAAUGGCGUGAUAUGGUUGAUCCAUGUACCAAGAUGCUUGAAGCUCAAGUAAAAACAGAAAUUGAGGCUUCCAUGACUUACUUAGCGAUGGGUGCCCAUUUCUCUCAAGAUUCAGUCAAUCGUCCUGGCUUCGCAAAAUUGUUUUUCGACAGCGCAAGCGAAGAACGUGAGCACGCUAUCAAAAUAAUCGAGUACUUGUUGAUGCGUGGACAGCUUACCAGUGACGUCAGUAAAUUACUCAAGUUCCCGUUGAAACCAAUUGCCGGGGAAUGGAGCAGUGGAGUAAAGGCUCUUACUGAAGCACUUAGCUUGGAAACACGUGUCACUCGUAGCAUCAGAAAAAUAAUUGAAAAAUGCGAAGCACCAGCUGAUGUCAACUUUAACGAUUAUCAUCUUGUUGAUUGGCUAACUGGUGACUUCUUAGAAGAGCAAUACAGAGGACAGCGCGAGCUCGCUGGAAAAAUUUCAACCCUCGAUAAAAUGAUGGACACUCAUGGUUCACUUGGUGAAUUCUUAUUUGAUAAGAAAUUAUUAGAAUGAGAAAUAUUAAUUCCAUUUAAUAAAUAUUAAUAUACUUAAGAAAUUAAAUCAAGAAAAAAUUUGAUAUUUAGUCGAUCAUACGUAAAUAAUUUAACUAUUUCUUUGAAUUUUUUUUAUGAAACUUUAUCUGUAUAAUUUAAUUUGUUAAAUGUAUGAUCACAGUUUAUGAUGUAAUUAUUGUAUAAUCUUUAUCCGAAUAAAAAUAUGUAACAUUCUUUAAUAAAAUGAAUCGAUCCUUAA